GGAAAUAUCGCGAGACUUAGGUGUGGUGUGCAGAAAAUGGCUACCGACGUUCAGCUAAAUCUUGUGAAAAAGUAGACGAUGUUAUAAAUGAGUACACGAAUAAUAUCGAACAUUGUGAUACAACCAUCAUGGCAGACCUAGAAAUAGACCCUUCACAUCUUCCAGAAGAUGUCCGUGAAAAGUUGGCCGAGUUGGAUUUGGAGUUAUCCGAAGGUGACAUCACUCAGAAAGGAUAUGAAAAGAAAAGAACUCGGCUUCUUGCUCCGUAUAAUAAACAGCCAGCUCAAGGUGCUGGACCAAGUGCUCCAAGUCCAUCGACAGCAGCACACAGACGGGCACAGCGUCGUCUGACACGGGAAGACAAUAGAUAUCAUUCAGAAAUACGAACUGAAGCAGUGAUGCAAGCAUUAGCAAUGCAUAAUAAGAAGGUGCCAGUUAUGCCCCUUCCUUCUAAACGCACAUCCGUCAACUAUCCGGGUCAACAACAACGCAGAACAGAACGACAUGGCACAGAUUCUUCUUCUGAUGAUGACAGUGUUUUUGAUGAAGAACAGUUGCGUGGAUUCUCUCGUGGUGGAGCUAGAGAUAGUGGUGCCAGUUCAUCAUCUUAUGAAACAGGUGCCUCACCUCAUCACUAUGGUGAACGACCUCGUAGUCAAGGUUAUGGAGAUUUCCGUAUCCCUGGUAACACAGCUCGACAUGCUUUAGCAGACGUUAUGCAAAAUUCUAGACAUUCACAUCAUAUAUCUCAACCACCUGAUGUCACAAAUAACGCUAAAAGUUCCCGUCAGACGGAUCGUGUUGGUAGGUUUAACCAAUCAUCUGUUAGAAUGACAGCAACAGGAGCUGUGACAGGAUUGGCUGAUGAUGAUGCUCCAAGACAUGGUAAAGUUUCUGCUAAAAUACAACAACUUCUAAACACAUUAAAGAGACCGAAAAGACGGCCAUUAAAAGAAUAUUUUGUAGAUGAAGAAGAUGCCACGCUAGAAAUGCCUUCCACCGAUCCAAAUGCACCGAAACCAGAAGGUAGUGAAUUAACACCAGUAGCAGGAGAACAACUUGUGAUACCAUCAGGAUUACCGCGUAAUUUAGAAGCAGCGUUACAGAGAUAUGGAUCAUCUACAUAUAAAGCCAAUGCCAUAACAGUACUUGAUCAAAACGGAAAACCUUCACUUAAUUUAACUUAUGGUAAAUUAUUGAAUAGAAGUCAUAAAAUAGCGUAUAAUUUAUUGAAUAAAGUCGGACAGAAGGAAGGUAUUGGUGUCAAACAAGGAGAUAGAGUAGCAUUAGUUUACCCUAACAACGACCCUAUAUCAUAUAUCUGUGCGUUUUAUGGCUGUAUAACAGCAGGAGUGGUACCAGUACCGGUAGAAGUUCCGUUAACGAAGAGGGUAUAUCAACGUAUUGUACAGAAUGAUGCUGGAGGUCAGGGAGUAGGGUUUUUAUUAGGAAGUUUAAGCGUCAACUGGGCGUUGACCUCCGAAGCAUGUUUUAAGGGUUUACCAAAAUCCAACAGUGGAGAAGUUCUAGUUUUUAAAGGUUGGCCGAAGUUAAAUUGGUUUGUUACAGAAAAUUUAAGUAAAGCACCAAAAGAUUGGCAGGCAUUAUCUCGUGUAUCAGAUGAUGUACCUGCUUAUAUAGAGUAUACUAUAAAUAAAGAUGGCAGUACCGUGGGUGUCACGGUAACCAGAAAUACCAUGUUAUCACAUUGUCGGACGUUAACCGUUGGCUGUAAUUAUACAGAAGGAGAAGUAAUGGUGUGUGUUUUAGAUUUUAAAAGAGAAGUUGGUCUCUGGCAUGGUAUACUUUGUAGUGUUUUUAAUGGUAUGCAUGUGAUAUUUAUUCCCUAUUCCUUAAUGAAAGUCGAUCCAGCUUCCUGGAUGAAAAUGGUUACAAAAUAUAAAGCGUCAGUAGCUGUGGUGAAAUCUCGAGACAUGCAUUGGGGUUUAUUAGCCCAGAAAGAUCAUAAAGAUAUUAAUUUUACAUCACUACGAUUAUUAUUAGUAGCUGAUGGUGCUAAUCCCUGGUCUUUAACAUCAUGUGAUUCCUUCCUAAGUGCUUUCCAGAGUAAAGGUUUACGACCUGAGUCUAUUUGUCCGUGUGCCAGUUCUUCUGAAGCUUUAACUGUAUCUGUUAGAAGACCUGGUAGGACAAGUUCUAGUGCAACUGGCCGUGGUAUAUUAUCUAUGCAGGGUUUGAGUUAUGGUGUUGUUAGAGUUGAUAGUGAGAACAGUCUAACAUCUCUAACUCUACAAGACUGUGGUCAGGUGAUGCCGGGAGCUGUGAUGGUGGUAAUAAAAUUAGACGGUGCUCCAAUCUUAUGUAAAACAGACGAAGUAGGAGAAUUAUGUGUAUGUGCUGGUUACACUGGGUCUGGAUAUUGGGGACUACAGGGUAUUACCAGUGCUACAUUCCAGGUGGAACCUCUCCAUGCAGAUGGUCGACCAAUCGGUGAUAAUCUUUAUGUAAGAACUGGUUUGAUUGGCUUCCUAGGUCCGGGAGGUUUAGUGUUUGUGUGUGGUAGUAAGGAAGGGUUAAUGCAAAUAGGAACCCGACGUCAUAAUACUGAUGACAUCAUUGCAACUGUUUUGGCUGUGGAACCAAUGAAAUUUAUAUAUAGAGGAAGGUAA